AUGCUACGCUCAAUAUCACUCUUACCCAAGUGGGUUUCUCCGAUUAGUAGAUUUGUGUUUCUUCAGAGAUGCGUCCGAUUUACGACAAUCCAAAAAUUGUUUUUUUCCCCCAAAGGCGACGAUUACGCUGCUUCGAGCUCGUGCUUAAUUCUUCUAAGUAAGUGCACAAACAUUGAUUCUCUGAGGAAUGUUCACGGAGUUUUAACUGGAAAUGGACUUAUGGGUGAUCUCUUGUGUGCCACUAAGGUCGUUAGUUUGUAUGGUUCUUUUGGGUAUACUAAAGAUGCACGCUUGGUGUUCGAUCAAAUUCCUGAACCAGAUUUUUAUUCAACCAAGGUCAUGCUCAGAUGUUAUGUCUUGAAUCAUGAGAGUGUUGAAGUCAUAAAGUUUUAUGAUUUUAUGAUGAAACAGGGGUUCGUGUAUGAUAAUAUUGUUUUUUCGAUGGCUUUGAAAGCGUGUACUGAGCUGCAGGAUUUAGACAAUGGGAAGAAGAUACACUGCCAGAUCGUUAAGGUGCCAAGUUCUGAUGAUGUUGUAUUGACAGGUCUCUUGGAUAUGUAUGCUAAGUGCGGAGAAAUCGAGAGUGGUUAUAAAGUUUUUGACGGUAUUACCUUGAGAAAUGUGGUUUGUUGGACUUCGAUGAUUGCUGGGUAUGUUAAAAAUGACUUGUACGGAGAAGGGUUUGCUCUGUUUAAUCGGAUGAGGGAAAGCUCUGUUUCGGGUAAUGAAUAUACUUACGGUACUCUAAUGAUGGCUUGCACAAAGCUCGGUGCUUUACAUCAAGGAAAGUGGUUUCAUGGUUGUUUGAUCAAGAGCGGUAUAGAGCUCAGGUCAUGCUUGGUGACAUCUCUUCUCGAUAUGUAUGUCAAGUGUGGUGACGUAAGCAAUGCUCGUCGGAUCUUUAACUACCAUUCUCACGUUGAUCUCGUCAUGUGGACAGCUAUGAUUGUAGGAUACACCCAUAACGGAUGUGCCGACAAGGCCCUGAGCUUGUUUCAGAAAAUGAAAGGGGUUGGAAUCAAGCCUAAUUGUGUUACCAUUGCAAGUGUCUUAUCAGGUUGCGGUCUGAUUGGGAAUCUUGAACUGGGAAGAUCAGUUCAUGGCAUAUCCAUCAAAGUUGGUAUUUGGGAUACUAAUGUUGCAAAUGCUCUGGUUCACAUGUAUGCUAAGUGUUACCAGAAUGGAGAUGCUAGGUACGUGUUUGAAAUGGAGUCGGAGAAAGAUAUAGUCGCGUGGAAUUCUAUAAUAUCCGGGUUUUCACAAAACGGCUCUGUCCAUGAAGCUUUGUUUCUGUUCCAUCGGAUGAAUGCAGAAUCCGUGACGCCUAAUGGUGUAACAGUUGCGAGUCUCUUCUCUGCCUGUGCUUCCCUUGGGUCUCUAGUUGUAGGUUCCUCGCUUCAUGCUUAUUCAAUGAAAUUGGGUUUCUUGGCAUCAUCCAGUGUUCAUGUUGGUACUGCACUCCUGGACUUCUAUGCCAAAUGCGGGGAUGCCGAAUCUGCUCGUAUUGUUUUCGAUACUAUAGAGGAUAAAAAUACAAUCACAUGGAGCGCUAUGAUCGGAGGCUACGGAAAGCAAGGGAACACGAAAGGGUCCGUUGAGCUAUUUGAAGAGAUGCUGAAAAAACAACAAAAGCCGAACGAAUCAACCUUCACUUCCAUUUUAUCAGCUUGUAGUCACACAGGGAUGGUUAAUGAAGGGAAGAAGUACUUCAGCUCAAUGUACAAAGAUUAUAACUUCACGCCUUCCACGAAACACUACACAUGUAUGAUUGAUAUGCUAGCUCGAGCAGGUGAGCUUGAGCAAGCCUUAGACGUCAUUGAGAAGAUGCCGAUUCAACCAGACGUGAGAUGUUUCGGAGCAUUUCUCAACGGAUGUGGAAUGCAUUCAAGAUUUGAUCUUGGGGAGAUUGUGAUUAAGAAGAUGCUCGAUUUAAAUCCUGAUGAUGCAUCUUAUUAUGUCCUCAUAUCUAAUUUAUAUGCAUCGGAUGGAAGAUGGAGUCAGGCGAAAGACGUGAGAAAUCUGAUGAAUCGAAAAGGCCUUAGCAAGAUCCCAGGCCAUAGCACUAUGGAAUCAGAGUUCGUAGCAGUUCAUUAG